AUGUCUGGCACAAAAGUCUUCAACGCAGUGCGCAACACUCGCUUCAUAAUAGGUGCUCUGGUCAUAUUUGGUAUAGUUACAUUCUUAAUAGCUUCACCUGGUAAUGUUAGUGAAGGUUUAUCAAAAUCAAAAUUAGGUUCUAUUGAUCUUGGUUCAACAACAAAUUCUCCUGUUACAGGUGAAGAAGGUGAACCUUUAUAUCCACCAUCUCCAAACCAACCACAAACUGGUAAUGAUGGUGAAGUUAUUGGUAACUCACCUCAAUAUGCUGAUGAUUCAAUUGAUUCUAAAAAACCAACAACUAAUGAUGAUGAUUCAAAGGAAAAAAUUGCUGAUGUUAAUACCCCAAAAGAAGCUCCAAAACCUAAAAUGAAUGAAAAAGCUCCAAUUAAAGGUGAAUUUGAUGCUAUUAAAGAUUCAAAUAGAGUUUAUGAAGGUGUUCCUGAUAAAGAUUCUGAUUCAAAUUCUGAUUCAAAUGAUGUUUCAAAUGAUUUAUCAAAUGAUUUAUCAGAUUCUAAAAAAGAAUCUACUCAAAAUGUUGCAAAUUGUAAAAAAGAUCCAGAAUAUGUUGUUAUGAUUGAUGCAGGUUCUACAGGUUCAAGAGUUCAUAUUUAUGAAUUUGAUGUUUGUUAUUCUCCACCAAAAUUAAAUAAAGAAGAAUUUGAAAUGUUAAAACCUGGUUUAUCUUCAUUUGAUACUGAUACUACAGGUGCUGCUAAAUCAUUAGAUCCUUUAUUAGAAUUAGCUUUGAAAACUGUUCCAGAAUCAAAAAGAUCUUGUACACCUGUUGCAGUUAAGGCAACUGCAGGUUUACGUUUAUUAGGUGAAGAAAAAUCAAAAAAUAUCUUAGCUGCUGUUCGUAAACAUUUAGAAAAUGAUUAUCCAUUUGCCGUUGUGGAAGGUGAUGGUGUUUCUAUUAUGAGUGGUGAUGAUGAAGGUGUUUAUGCUUGGAUUACUGCAAAUUAUUUAUUAGGUAAUAUUGGUUCAAGUGCUAAAACUCCAACUGCUGCUGUUUUUGAUUUAGGUGGUGGUUCAACUCAAAUUGUUUUCCAACCAGAUUUUAAAAAUGGUGAAAAAAUGAUUGAUGGUCAACAUAAAUAUGAAAUUAAUUUUGGUAAUAGAGAUUUUAGUCUUUAUCAAUUUUCUCAUUUAGGUUAUGGUUUAAUGGCUGGUAGAGAAAAAAUUAAUUCAUUAAUUGUUAAAGCUGGUAUUAAAGAUGGUAAAGUUAAAAAAGAUUCCAAAGCAACUUUAGAAUCUCCAUGUAUCCCACCAGGUUUAUCUGUUAAAGAUGUUAAAGUUAAAGUUGAUGAUGUUUCAUAUACUGUUGAUUUAAAAGGUUCAGAAACUCCAGCAGGUGCACAAUGUAGAUUCCUUGCAGAAUCAAUUUUAAAUAAAGAUGCAGCAUGUGAUAAAGCUCCAUGUUCUUUCAAUGGUGUUCAUCAACCUUCAUUAGUUAAGACAUUCCAUGAAACUAGUGAUUUAUAUGUUUUUUCAUAUUUUUAUGAUCGUACAAAUCCAUUGGGUUUACCUUCAUCAUUCACAUUAGGUGAAUUAUCAGAUUUAGCUAAAAAUGUUUGUAAUGGUGAAUCAGUUUGGGCUUCAACAUUUAGUGCAAUUGAUGGUUCAAUCAAAGAAUUAAAAGAUGAACCUCAAUGGUGUUUAGAUCUUUCAUUCCAAGUUGCUCUUUUACAUACCGGUUAUGAUAUCCCAUUACAUCGUGAAUUAAGAACUGCUAAAAAAAUUGCUGAUAAUGAAUUAGGUUGGUGUUUAGGUGCUUCUUUACCGUUAUUAGAUAAAACUACUGGUGGUUGGAAAUGUCGUGUUAAAGAAGUUGCCAAAAAUUAA